AUGUCGACCUACUAUGUGGGACCCUUCGGGCGUAUGUUACCUGUGACCGACGGUCCUUCUUCGGAGCGAGAGCCUGAUCGUCCGGCUAACUUGCCAGUUCCUGGAACAACCCAUCCAUACCAACUUCCACCACCUCGUGCUUCAGCGCCUUUGCAGUUCGGAUCGGAUCCCUUUCUACACCAGCGGACCCAGGGAGAGAGAACUGACCUUGGAGGACCCCUAUCCGGCCGUUCGUCGGCCCCCAGCCAUCAGCCCGCAAACGAGCAGCUGCCGUCAGUCAGUCAGCUGUUGACCCCAACGGCCCAGGACAGCCGACCAUCGUCUCCCUAUCACCCCGUUGGUUUUGGAUUCUACGCAUCUCCGAACGGGGCCACAGAACCCUCGCCCUCGUAUCGACAUCAUGAUUCUGGCCCCGGCCUGACGCCGACCCGCAACGGAGUUCCUGACCAUCAACUCCAUUCAGAUCCCCUCCAUCAACGGCACCCCGGUUCGUUGCCUCCUCUCGCUCGUUUGUCCCCGCACAAUCUAGGACGCGAGCCCUCGGUGAAUCCGCCCAGCCAGGUCAAUUCGCCCGUUCCUUCGUUCCCACAGGGACUGUUUCAUCCGCAUGGAUUCCGGCAUCUCGAGAGGGAUCCUGAUGACAGCGGACUCCCCGAAUCCCCCGACGCGAGGGUUUCGGCCGAGAACAAAAGCCCUACGUCAAAUGUCCGUUCGCAUGUGGUCGACGAGAGGUAUAUCGACGGAGAGGGGCUGUGUUAUAUCUACGCCGACGGUACUCGUUGCCCCAAGAUCAUUGACGGAGUCCCUGUGAACGCAAACUGGGGCAUCACAAAGGCUGGAAAGCCACGAAAACGACUCGCUCAGGCCUGUUUGACCUGCCGAGAGAAGAAAAUCAAAUGUCAGCCAAAUCUUCCGAAAUGCGACCAGUGCCAGAAGUCCGGCAGAGAAUGCCGGUUCGAGAGCGCGUAA